AUGCAGAAGUUCUUGAUCUUGUUUGCGGUCGCCGCAGCGGUGGUCGGAAGUGCCGAAUUGAAAGUUGAGCAGGCGGCGGCGCCGCCGCCGGUUAAGAACACCGUGAAGCGUGGCCUGGACUUUGGCUUCGGGGGUGGCCACAACGGAUUUGGGGGCGACCCUUGGGCCGGAUCGACCAGGCUGACGGCAGCGCCCUGGAUUCAAAACUCCGGUUGGAAGCAGGGUCCGUCUCCGGCGGAGAUCGCCGCCAUCAUUGCCGCGGCCAAGCAGGCCUCGGCGCAGGUUCUGAUCGCUCAGCAGCAGGUCCAGUCCGCCAAGGAGAACGUCCUGAACCAGCAGAAGCUUGCCAACGAGAAGGAAGCCAGUGCGGCGUACGCCUCGCAGAAGAGUGAAGCUGCGGCGGCGGUUCAACGCUCGGAAGCUGCCGCCGCUGCGCAGGCCGUGGUUCUGGCCCAGCACCGGCUGGCCUCGGCCAAGGCCAACGUGGCCCACCACCAGCGGAUUGCGGCGGCCAAGGAGUCCCAGGCGGCCCAUGCCAUCCAGAACUCGGCCAAGGCUGCCGCGGCGGAGAUUCACCGGGCUGAACUCGAAGCCGCCAAACUGGCCGCCCACCAGCGUUCCGAUGCAGCCUCGCUGAACCAUCACGUGAUUGCCACCAAGGAUGAUGCGUUCGCUCCGUUGACCUACGGUGGCAAUCAGAUUCCCACGAGCCAGCUGUACAAGGCGCUGGCCGCUCCCUGGAACGAACUUGCCGGCGGAGCCGGCCAGGCACCGUGGAUGAACGGGUUCACCAGUGGCCAGCAGCUGAAGCCGUUCUGGGGUUGA